CUGCUUCUGAUUGUGCUACGUGACAUAGUAUCUGCAGCUUGAGAAGCGCUUUUUCGAGUUUGUAUGCUAUUGAGUGGGGUUGAUGGCGAGGCGUUGAAGUUACUCUGUUGUCCGUUGUUGCUCGUUAGCUACGAUUUCUCUUAUUUUUAGAUCGAAUUUUUUAUGCGGCAUUUCUGUGUCUGGUUCUUGUGUUAUGCCUCUCGCAUUAUAGCCCCGAGGUAUUGUGCGUUGCGCGAUUGUGUUUGGUUUUGAUCUUCGCCGUUGGGAGCUUCAGCUGGCUUUAGAUGUGCACUAUUGCGCUCUUUGCCCCGGAUUUUUUGAGAGAUGUGAUUGCCUUCGGGUUCUGACACUUUCCGGCGAACUCAUUCACCUGUCGGCUGGUCUUAUAUUUGAGCACGAUGUUGUCCUUUUUUCUCUUCGUCGUUUGAGAACUAGAUUUCUGUGGAUUCCGCAUUGGCGUUUAUCGCAACCGACUUGAAGGUGCUGGUAUAUCAGCAAGCAUAAGAUUCGCAAUGGUGCGACUUGCAGCGGUGGGGUUUCUUGCAUUGCUGUGCAUCACGUUGAGUGUGUCCGCUUAUUCAGAGGACUUCGACGAGAAGGAUGUAGUUGUCCUCGGUGCAAGCAACUUCACAGAGGUGGUGAACAGUCAUAAAUUUGUUUUGGUUGAGUUUUAUGCUCCCUGGUGUGGCCACUGCCAGACAUUGGCGCCUGAGUAUGCCAAGGCCGCCACUAUACUGAAAGAUGAUGGUGCGGUUCUCGCAAAGGUGGACGCCACAGUGCACUCAGAUCUGAGUCAGCAGUUUCAAGUCCGGGGCUUCCCUACUUUGUUGUUCUUCGUGAACGGAAAGCAGAAGCUCUACAAUGGCGGCCGCAAGGUUCACGACAUCGUGGACUGGGUGAAGAAGAAAUGUGGACCUUCUGUCCAAACUCUCAAGUCUACUGCUGAUGCCGAGAAGGCGUUGGAGGUUGAGACCCCAAUUGCCGUUUCUUAUGUGGAGAGCCUCGAGGAUAAGAAUGCCAAAGCGUUCGCUGCAGCAGCCGACAAGGAGGAAGGAGUCGCAUUCUACCUGACCGAAGACAAGGAGGUGGCCGCGAAGUUCAGCCUUGAGAAGACACCCUCGCUUGUGUUGUUAAAGAAGCAGGCUGAGAAGGUUGCCCUGUUUGAGGGUGACUUCGAGGAAAUGGCCUUGGCUAGCUUCGUUUCGAAGAACAAGCUUCCUUUGGUGAUCACAUUUAGCCGUGAGACAGCACGUUCAAUCUUUGAAUCCGACACCAACAAGCAGUUUCUUCUGUUUGCAGGCCCUGAGGAGUACGCCAAGAUCCGUGUGACGUAUGAAGAAGCUGCGAAAUCUUUCAAGGGACAGAUUAUCUUCGUUCUCGUUGAUGUUGCCAACCGAGAGGUCGCUGCUCCCGUUCUAGAAUUUUUCUCUCUCAGUGGCGAGAAGACAAAGCUCAUGGGGUUUGUUCCUGAGUCGAGUGGUUUGAAGUUCGGAUACGAUGGCGAUUUCAGUCUUGAGUCAGUCAAGGAGUUUGGAGAGAAGUUUGUGGAGAACAAACUUGACCCAUACUUCAAGUCUGAGGACAUUCCUGAGACGAAUGACGAACCUGUGAAGGUGGUUGUCGGCAAAUCGUUCGAGGACAUUGUUUUGGACGAGUCCAAGGAUGUUCUUCUCGAGGUCUAUGCUCCGUGGUGCGGCCAUUGCAAGAGUUUGGAACCCGAGUAUAAAAAAUUAGCAGAGCUGUUGAAGGACGUGAAGUCUAUCGUGAUUGCCAAGAUGGACGGCACUAAGAAUGAGCACGGUCGCGUCACCAUUACGGGCUUCCCAACUGUUAUCUUCUUCCCCGCGGGAAAGAAGACGGAGGAACCAUUAUCGGCAGGAGUGUACAGGACGGCAGCUGGAUUGGGCAAGUUCCUGAAAGAGAAUGCCGCAAUCCCCUUCGAGGCUGAUCUUCCGGAGUACGUGGAGCCUAAGAACGAAGGCCAGGCUGAAGCUGACGAGCCAGAGCAUGUAGAGGAACAUACUGACAUGGAGGACAGUAAAGAUGAGCUUUGAGCGAUCUGAUUAGCGAUCUUAGAUUGAGGUUUACAUGUUUCAUUCUUGUGUAGCGUCAAAUCCAUGCGAAUCACGUGAUAGUUUGUAACUCCGGCCUCAAACAAAUAUGAAAAUUUUGAGAUUCUUUAUUUAAAAAUCAAUGAUAAUCUUUUGCUGCCAUCUUAGCUUUUAAAGUAAGGAAAUGAAAACGUUGGUGCUACAAUAAAUAAAUUGAAAACUUUCCAAA